AUGGCGCGCAGAUUCUCUUUGCCAGCAACCUUCAGUCCCACAGUGGACGAUCCUGCAGUCAGAGCUACCACGCUAUAUAUGAUAUGCAGUGUCGGCAUGGUUGUCGCAAACAAGGAAGCAGCUACCAGGCUUCAGGCUGGAACUAUCUUACUAGCAAUGCAGCAACUAGCAACUAUCCUGGUGGCCUGCGUUCUUCACAUACUCGGCAGCAAGGAGAUCCGUGGAAACAUGCACGAGGUGAUACGGUGGUCGCCCAUCGCGGUCUUGUCAGGCUUGAUUUUAUGGACCGGCAUGCAGGCCCUGAUGUAUGCAUCGCUCUCCACCUUGACAGUCAUCCGGAAUGCCAGCCCUCUCAUUCUUUUGGGAGCAGAGCGGCUGAUGUUCGGCGUCCCGAUCACGAAGGAUGCCAUCAUAUCCUUGACCACGAUCUUGAUAGGUGUUGUCAUCUAUUGUUCAGAUGACAUAUCCACUAAGGAAGCCCUCGGGAUCUUCCUGGUGGUCUUAGACGCAGCUUUCGUGUGCUUGGAUCGUUUAGCGCAGCGCUACCUACUCCAGGAGAUGCCAGUGUCCCUCUCCUCUUCGGCCUUGGUCCUUGUGUCCAACGCUGUGGGCCUCCUUUUCUCCGUUGCGCUGCUGUUCUACCCCAUGCACACGGAGCUCCAUGAGGUCGAAUGGACUCCAGCAGGAAUUUCCUGGUCCAUCGCCUCUUGCAUUGGAGGUGCGGCCAUCGCCUACGCGGGCAUUGGUUUGUCGCGCAAUCUUAGUGCGACUGCCGCACUCGUGGUCACAAACAUAGACAAAGUGCUAGUACUUUGCUAUGGUGUGAUGAUGUUGGGGGAUCACUUUGAUUCAACGAAGUUGUGCGGAUGCACCUUCGCCCUGGUCGGAGGUACUUGGCAUGCGUGGGGGCGACUACGCGCCGGAGAAGAGAAGAAGCAGGAAUUGAAGACGGGCCCCUUGAGCGAAGAGCUCUCUCCAGCCGGCGAAGCAGACUGGACGGAUAGGAGGAAAAAUCAGAUCGCGUUUGAUCACAUAGCCACUUGGUACUUCGAUGUGGGAGACCCUUAUCGCGAAGCACUGCAGAGAAAGCUGGCAGAUGUCCAGCCCUUGGCUAGUGCCCUGGAACUCGGGUCGAGCACAGACCUGAUCAACUGCCCUGACUUCUACACUUUUUCUGCGCCUUACAACAGCCUUGCAAACGAUGAAGAUCACGAGAUCAUUCAGCGACUCGCCAAUUCGCUGCGACGAGGUGGAUAUCGCCCACAAGAUCUCUUUAGCUUGAGGAUCUGCUGCGCUGCAGAAGCUGAGGCAAGCUCGAUGCAGAUGGCAGUGGCCGGCUGUCCCGGCAGGAGUCUUGAGCAUGUUGGUGCUAAACCAAAGCCUCUGCAGCAUGUGGCACCGACCUUCAGGCUGCUAAGCAUCAUCCUCCGCUUCGAGCCAGGCAGGAAUUACAGCACCAGCGCGCAACGGCAGAGGAAGUCAUUCGCCGCAUCGCUGCUGCAAUCGCGCGCAGCGGUCGCAGGCCGCAUGAUUUCAUCACCAGACUGGACGCCCGUGCUUCCACGCUUUCGAGAUCAGAGCUCUGGCCUUUGCAACGCAGCAGAUCACAGCUACACAGGUAGAGCAGACGCUCUUCCGCUUGGAGCCCUCACCUCAGCAGGAUGCAAGAUGAUGACGCCAAACCUUUCUGGAUACGAGCGCGAAGCCGUACUCGUCCGGCUGGGCCUCGAUAGAGGAAAUGCGGUGGACUUCUUAGACUUCUGUCGAAUUCUUGGAGGUGAUCUAUCGAUCACGAUAGAUCCCCGAGCAUCCUCCCUGCCGGAAGUGCCAGUUGGGCUGGCAUCACAGGAACUACUGCGGCAAGUUUCUUCAGAGCUGCAGCGGAAUGGGGCUUUGCUUGAAGAGACCUUUGUUUGCUGCAACGUUUGGAGACAGUCGAAGCUCGGCGCCUCCGGCGCCCUGCGGGCCGCCCCUCCGCUUGGCCACAAGGUACGGUCGAAGCAGACCGCGGACGUUGCGUCGAAUCUGGAAGCCGAUCAUACGCAAGGCAACCAAAACACAGCACACUCCAGCCGCUUCACAGAAGCCUGA